CCAACAAAUGCCCAAGUUCAAAGCAUAUUUGAUAUUCCUAACCAAUAUCCAUGACCACAAAUAUGGAAUCAAAUUAUGAUAGAGCAAAAGAAGUUAAGGAGUUUGAUGAAACAAAGGCCGGCGUCAAGGGACUCUUGGAUGCCGGUGUGGUGAAGAUCCCCAGGAUCUUCAUCCACGUGAUGGAAAAAUUAGAAAAUAGAUUGUCAGAAAACUACGGAACUAGUCUCCAGGUUCCAGUGAUAGAUCUUGGAGACUUUAUAAAUCGUCCAAGAGAGGAGAUUGUCAACGAAAUCUCUAAAGCUUCGGAAACAUGGGGAUUUUUUCAAAUGGUCAACCAUGGAAUUCCAGUCUGUGUCAUGGAAGAGAUGAUAGGUGGCAUUAAGCGAUUCCAUGAGCAACCCAGGGAGGUAAAGAUGGAGUGGUAUUCACGUGAUGUUAAGCAAAGAGUAAGGUUCUAUUGCAAUGGAGACCUUCUUGUUGCAAAAUCCGCAAACUGGAGAGAUUCAAUAGCUUGUCACUACAACGACAGUGUUCUAGACUCUGACGCAUUACCUCUAGUCUGCCGAAAAGAAAUCAGCAACUACAUGGAUGGCUUGAUCAGACUAAAGGAAGAACUCUCUAAAUUACUCUCAGAGGCACUAGGGCUAAGCAGUGACUUCCUUUCAAAUAUUGACUGCAUGAAAACUGCAUCUUUAGUAUGCCACUAUUAUCCUUGGUGCCCUGAGCCAGACUUGACUCUAGGCGCGAGCAAGCAUUCAGACCCGUCUUUCAUAACCAUACUCUUACAAGAUAACAUAGGUGGCCUCCAGGUUUUACACCAAAAUAACUGGGUAGAUGUGGAGCCUGUUAAAGGAGCCUUAAUAGCAAACAUCGGAGAUCUUAUGCAGCUUAUCACCAACGACAAGUUCAAAAGCGUGGAGCAUAGAGUACUGGCUGCACGAGUUGGCCCCAGAAUAUCUGCAGCGUCUUUCUUAUAUCCAAGUAUAGCAAGUAAAUGCAAACCUUAUGGGCCAAUAAAGGAGUUCUUAUCAAACAACAAUCCACCUAUAUAUAGGGAAACUUCUCACGAGGAAUAUCAAGCUUACUACAAGUCGAAAGGACUUGACGGCACAUCAGCCCUUCUUCACUUUAAGCUAUAAAGUGAACUGAACUCGUUCCACAAAGCAAAGAAAAAACCAAAAGAUGCCAUCACCUUCACACAUUUUUCAGAAAUACAAGGAAUCUUUACAUCACUCAGUUUACAGGGGGAGCACAAAAACCGAAAAUGCCAAUUAAGGUCACAGAUGACUCACAAUAUGCUCAGGAGGAGCUAGCAUGAAAGCCUCAAAGAGUUGCACAACCUAGCCAUCAGAUGUCGUUUUGCAUUUCUAUAUGCGUACCACAUCCUUCUGCUCCCGGGACAAUUUCAAUACAUAAUUCACUCACAAAGAGUAACAGUUGCAGCCCCUAUAUUGUUGUUUUGGAUUGCAGUAUCUGCACAAGUGACCAUAAUAUAUCCAUGCGAUGCAUGCUUCUGUUGUUCUGCCCCUGCAAUAAUCACGAAA